UAGUUAUGAAAUUGGAUAGAAAUUCUAUUAUGAAGGAGUUUUCUACGAAUUGAGAUGAUUAUCAAGUGCAGGGAACUAAGGAAAAUAAUUCAUUGGAGGAAGGAGAGGUGAUCUAGGCACAAGAAUCAGAGGAAAAAAUAAAUGGAAGAAGAGGGGAUCACUAUUUGGAAGGUUGGCUUUGAGGUCAAUCUCCACGAGCAGCCCUAGUUUUCAUCUAAUGUCUCCACUCUCCCCUCUCCAGAGCCAACGAUUUGUUCUUUUUGUUGUCUGGUUGAGCGGGUCAACCGCGCACCUGCCCACAACCCACCUGCCACCCGACGGAUGGCUCUCGGCACAACCCGUCACCCACCCACAGAACAAAUUUAAGGUCAAAUGCGGGUGGGUUGGCCCAAACUCGCCGGUGAUUCACCUGCAUGCCCAGCCCUGGCGUGUGAGUUGGGACAGGUGAUUCAGCGCAUGUAAUUUAAUAGGAAAAAGUAUUAGACAUAUUGUUUUUUUUUUUCAUUAAUAUAUAGUAUAGUAAAUAUAAUUAAAUCAUUCUAGAAAUUGAGCUUCUCGCCUAUUUACAAUUUCAUUAUAGCUAAAAUAUGAGGUAAUCAAAGUAAAAUCCUAAGUAAUUUGGGUAUAAUUAUGUGUAAUUAUUGCAAAAAACAGGUUAAGAAUGGGGAGAGUCAGGAUAGGUCGAGCAGAAUACCCAUGCCCGGCUCGUCCCGUACGAGUACAAAUCAAACAGAUUCGAUAAAACAGGUCAGGUCAAAAGUUUCAUCCCUAACUUAUGCUAUUUUGGGAUUCAUCAUACCCACACUCGACAAAUCGAUGGCAAUUUGAGUAUGAAUGUUAUGCGAGACUCCAUUAGCCAUAAAUAAAACAACUUAUGUUUCAGAAAUAUUACUGUAUCGGUCGGAUUGAUCGAAAAUAGUGGAUAUCAAACAUCAAACGAUAGGUGGUUUUAACCAAGAUUUGGAAUAUCGUACCGUACCAGCGGUUCGACCAGAAAAUACCGUACCGUACUAGCGCUAUUUGGCGGUUGAACUACGAUUAAACCACGAUUUUCGUAUAAAAUACCUUAUCGGUAAUUUUUCGGUACAACUUCUGGUACAAUAUUUCAAUCCUUGGUUUUAACUGUAUGAAAUAAUUAAACCACGGUUUUAUUUGGGUUAAUAUUUUCGUAUGGCCUGAACUUUAACCAAAAUAAACAUCCUGGCCAAUCUUUUCGAUCUAUAACAUCCUGGCCCGAACUAUACACCAAAAUAAACAAUUUGGCCAGAUUCGACUUUUGACCGUCAACUUGGACGGUCAAACGCGUUGACCGUUAGUCAACGCGCCACAUCAGUGCCAACUCAGCAAGUUUAAACAAUUUUUUUUAAUUUACACCUAUUUCAUUUUCUUUUCAUUUAUCAUUUUGACAAAAAAAAAAUCGGGACAAAAAGCCCCACCCCGAGCCCUAAACUAAACCCUACCUUAUCCAUAUCUCAACCCCAACCCCAUCCCCAUCCACAAAUUCACCCGCCGUCACUCACCUUCUCCUUCCUUCGUCGAAGCUCCUCCAUCGACCGACAAAAAUCUCCGGUAUUCCGUCCUUUUCUGCCACCGUCCUCUCCUCCGUGCUGCUUGUUUAAAACGUAAAUCGAAACCCAUUGGGGGAAAGAAAAACAAGAUUAAGAGAGGAAGGCCAAAGUCCACAAAUUGAUUUGAGUGAGCCAAUGUAACGAAGGAAGCACCACCAUGAAAAACACGAUUUGUGCUUCCCUCAAAUCAAUUUCCUCUCAGCCAUGGCUGCUCCAUCUCCCCCAUCCUCCCGAUCUCGAAUUCCCAAAAUGCCGUCACCACCACCAUCGUUCCUUCCGUCGCCGCGUCUGCCCAAUCCCAGCUUCGAUCGCCACCCCGACCUUCCGCUCCUUCAUCAACAAGAUCUCCGACACCGUCCGCAACGGCCUCUCGCAGCGCCGCCCGUGGGCCGAGCUAGCUUAUCGAUCCGCCGAUGCCUCCGCCGCCGCUGCCGCCUCCGCCGCCGUCGAAGGUUUGCAGGAGGCGCUAGGCUAUUAUAUCCUUCUCUACAACAUCUUUGGCGGCCGGAAUGGAGGAAGAGAGGAGGAGAGGAGAGGAGACUGGAGAGGAGAGGAAGAAGGGGAAGAAUCAGGUUAGGGCUCGGGGUGGGGUGUUUUGUCCCGAAUUUUUUUUUUGUCAAAAUGAUAAAUGAAAAGAAAAUAGAAUAGGUGUAAAUUAAAAAAAAUUGUUUAAACUUGCUGAGUUGGCAGUGACGUGGCGCGUUGACUAACGGUCAACGCGUUUGACCGUCCAAGUUGACGGUCAAAAAUCGAAUCUGGCCAAAUUGUUUAUUUUGGUGUAUAGUUCGGGCCAGAAUGUUAUAGAUCGAAAAGAUUGGCCAGGAUGUUUAUUUUGGUUAAAGUUCAGGCCAUACGAAAAUAUUAACCCUUUUAAUUUUUAAUACAACUAACUUUUAUUU